GCGAAUCGAUGUUGUAUGAUUGACCUAUUGUGUUUUCGUGAAAAAAGUCUUCAAUUUGGAUGAUGAAAGCAAAAAACGCAUCUCUUAAUGAUUGCUUGCGAGUGGAAGAAAGGAAAGUGAACUAAGACCAUUCUCCUUACUAUGACUACCUCGGAACUGGAGAGCCGAAACGUCGCUAUUUCCAUGAGAAAAUCUGUGGAAAAUCUAGUGAUAUCAUCCCAAGAUGCCAUCGGACAGAGCAUAAGCCAAGCUCUCAGUUUCUCCGGGGUAAUCUCACAACCUAAUCAAGGAUUACCCGAAAACAAAAAUGUUUCACGGUCACCCUCCCCGUCACUUCGACACACAGACAGUACAUUGGACAUUAUAGAAAAUGAUAAAAGGAGUGAAAAAAGCGAUUCGUCCAUACAAGUGCCUUCACUCGGCCCCGAUGUGCCGGUCGGUAUUGACAUCGCUAAUUUGAGUCAGAAGGAUCUUAAGAUAUCAGGCUCCAACUCCGGCGCUCGUAUCGAUGGCGCGAGCACGGUGCGCGCUAAGAAGAAGAGCUGGUACAACUCGCUGUACCCCACGUACAAGAGUAAAUGCGAGGACUUCAAGAGACUGUUCAAGGACUUGCCCGACGAGGAGCGCCUCAUAGUCGACUACUCGUGCGCGCUGCAGCGCGACAUCCUGGCGCACGGGCGGCUGUACGCGUCGCAGAGCUACCUCUGCUUCUACGCGAGCAUCUUCGGCUGGGAGACCAGCCUCACGCUGCGCUGGAAGGACGUCACGGCCAUCACCAAGGAAAAAACUGCGCUGGUGAUCCCGAAUGCGAUCUUGGUAUGCACUGAGUCGGAGAAGAACUUCCUGACGUCAUUCUCGGGGAGGGACAAGGCGUACCUGAUGCUGUUCCGCAUCUGGCAGAACGCGCUGAUGGACCAGCCCAUAUCCAGUCAAGAGAUUUGGCAGUGGGUGCACACGUGCUACGGCGAGGAGCUGGGGUUCGACUCGGACGAGGACGCGCCUGACGUCAUCGCCGCGCUCGACGUCACCGAGGAAGCGGUGGACUCAUCGAUGGAGACGGGCGAGGCCGGAGGCGGCAGCGGCGCGCCUGAUACGCCGCCCUUAAUGAACGGCGAGUCGGAGUUCCGUGACCGAGAGGAGGAGGGGGGCGACACGCUGCCCACCGACAUGUCCGACAGCAGCGACAGCGAGCCCGACAAACAUCACAACAAAGGUGAGGAUGAGAAAUGCCCGGCGGCCCACGACGGUAAGCUGGUGUUGCAGCAGGAAUUUCCGUAUAAUAUCGAUCAACUCUUCACAAUGAUCUUUACGAACUCAAAGUUUAACCUGGAAUUGCUGGCAGCAAGAGGAACCACAGAUUACGUACAGGCAUCCUGGCAGCCACAGAACGGCCUCAAGUGUCGGCAAGUAAACUACACGCUGGGACUGACGUCUGGACCCAUGGGACCCAAAGAAGUACACGUGACCGAGACGCAGGUCAUGAACAAGUGCAGCCGACCCGGCGUGCUGUACUCCAUCGACUGCACGUGCGAGAACGCCGGCAUCCCCUACGCCGACUACUUCAGCGUGCAGGCGCACUACUGCCUCGCGCGCACGCGGGCCGGCACCGCGCUCGAACUGUACGGCCGGGUGCACUACAAGAAGACCAUGUGGCCGCUCGUCAGAGCGUUCCUGGAGAAGAACACCAUGAACGGGCUCGAGGAGUUCGCGCGGCUGCUGUCGAGCCGCCUGCAGGCCGGCGCGCGCCCCCCCGCCGCGCCCGCCGCGCGCGCCGCCCGCCGGCGCCGGCGCCGCGACGCCGAGCUGCUGGCGCCGCGCCCGCCGCGCGCGCCGCCCGCCGCCCGCGCGCGCCCCGCCGCCUGGCUGCUGCUGGCGCUGCUGCUGCUGCUGGCCGUCAACGGCCUGCUGUACUGGCGCCUGUACCGCGCCGACCUGCGCCGCGGCCUCGACCUCGACCACCUGCACACGAGGAUGAGCACGCUGAGCGAGGCGCAGGCGGCGGAGUGGGCGCGCGCGUUGGAGCGACACUCGCACCGCCAGCGCGGCCAGCUGCUGGCGUGGCGGGACGCGCUCGACCGCACCGUGACGCACCUCACGCAGACGGAGCAGGCGUUGACGAAAUUGUUAGAAACUAUCAAACCCGCGCUGGAGAGAGCCGAGCCCGAUCCGGAGACGCGGGAUGAUCUAUGAGCGGUGGGGGGCGGGGUAGGGUGAAGGGAGCUCGGUAUUUAUAAUAACCUAUGCACAGAGAGUUCUGUUGUCGCGAAUGCGUUUAUAUUAGAUGUUUUCGAUUCACGUUCGUGGUAGUAGUUAUCUAAGUAGAUGGCUGAUCUCCAUUCCAGCGUGAAUUGAGUCCCGAAUUUUAUCAUCUUUAUUUGAGACGUAAUAAAAAGAAUAGACAAAAAUAGUCUAAAUGACCAUAAAUAAUAAUUAACUGAAUACGUAUCUGUAAGUAAAUAGAGUCUAUUGUAUAAAAAAUAUAUUUAAUGAUUAUAAAUUUAUUAUCUGUUACAAUCUAGUGCCCCUCUUCGCACUAAUCGAAGGUACAAUACUUGUAGUAAUGAGAGAGUACUUAUAUUUGAUGAUAAAUUAUAAAUUUACUGCCAAAUUAUAAUGAUUUGCACGUUAGUGCUGUGAUAUUAAAUAUAGAGCGGACGUUCGGUCCCGUAGCGCACUGACAGACCAGAGCACGCGAGACGAGUGUAGCCAACGUGAAGGGCGUUAGCGAACACUCGAAGGAGUUAGUUGUAUUAGUUCAGUAAGACUGCGCUUUUAGUUAUAUACGUUUUAUUUGCUAACUUUAAAAUUGAAGGUAGCAUUUACAUGCUUGAAAUAUUUUUGUACUUCUCCGAUCACAGCGAACGAUCUGCGGAGCCGCGGGGUGGGGGGCGUGGCCUCGCACUCCUCGCUUACCUUUUUGUAUGAUUUUUACAAAAUAAGUCACUUAGAAAUAAUUAAAUAGUCCUUCUAUUGUACAGUACGAAAUUGAUUUCGUAAUAUUAAUAAAAUAUUUUUCCACUAUCUAAUUGUACAGGCAUUCCUAUUUAUUUAUUUUGAUAUCCUUAUUUAUAUUAGAUAAAAUCACUAUGCAUUCAAUUAUAUAUUUUAUAGACGCUAUCGUACAUUAAUAUUAUCACCUAAUUUAGCUCGUACUCGUGGAUUGUUUCAUUCAUUACUCCUUGUGUCCGAAGCGUGAGGUGUUGAUCAUUGUGUUGUGUGUAUGUAAACUUGACAACCUUGCGUCGUACAUCCGAGCUUUAAGUAAAUAAAUUCAUCCAAAUGUAGAUAUACGAUAAAUAAUUUACAAAUUGUUGAAUAGUUAAAUUGCAUUGUUCAGAUGUAACGCGUUUACAUAUAUAUUAUAAGAGAAUUUAUAAAACUCACAUAUUGUUUUAAUGAUGCAGUAAAUUGUGUCGUCCGAAUACCAGAGGAACUGCUAACGCGAUUGGUUUAUACUUUUUUUCCAGUUUUGUAGUUGUCAUUUAAUAAUGGAAAUCGACAUAAUUCAUGUAAUAAAAGAAACCAUAGAACUGUUAUGGCGUCCACUCCCUUGCUGUAUAAUUUAAAAACGUUUGAACUCAUUCAUUUCAUGUUCGCUGAACAGUCUCGCCGCGGUUUAUCUAAGUAUUCUUCGAGUAGUGACGUCACAACGUCUAUUUAUAUAUCAAUUAUGUUUUAUAUCUCCACUUGCCUUGCAUCUCUAACGCCUGGGCCGCACUCACCGUAAUAUGCGAGGGAGAACUUUGCGUCUAGACGAUAAUUGGCUAAUAAGAUCUAAAAUGUAAUCGUUACAUUUCGUUAGCCAUAUCGAAAUUAUCAUUUUGAUUGCGUUCUAUGUCAGAUUGAAAUAUGGCCGCGCAAGCAAAGUUCAUCGCGAUAAAACCCUUCGAAGCGCGAGAGUUUACAGAGCGAGUGUUCCCGAAGAACUGGCUCCAUACAUCACGUUGAAUGCGGCCUAACCAUUAUAGUAUCGACUAUAAGCCUUAGUAGUAGUAAAGCUGAAAUAUCCAGAGAUCAGUGUUUCCCGUUGGUAAAUUAUAAUGUAAAUUUAAUAAUAGGUACAAUAUAUUUAUUUAUUCUAGCAAAAUUCGAUUAGUUAUAAAGUGUUUGAUCAUUAUUAAAGAAAUGUUUAUGAAAUGUAAUAAAUGUAAAAAAAAAACAAGUUCGAUUUUUUCGAUAAUUGGUGCUUUUAAUUUAAUAAUAAUUUAUGUAUUUAUUAUUUUUUUACAUUUGGUUUUACAUGUAAAAUAUUUCAAUGUAAAUUGUAUAUAUUUACUUUCAUUCCAUGGGUAAGAAUGAUCUGAUGUCUUAGAUUAUCGAUACAAAUAUUGUAUAGAUUCCUACUAGUUGUAUAGAAAGUGCAUUUCAGCAAAGAUCGCAAGAUCUUGCCAAAGAGCAUGUGGGUAGGGAGAGGCACAAAUCCCAUUACAAUGGUACCAGGAUAUUUGUUAGACAAUUCUAUUCUCAGUAUUGAAUAAAAUAUUUUAAUGUAA